CUUCUCAGGCCCCGACAAGAAAAUUUUGCCUCCAUAGUGUACGAUAAUAGUACGAUAAUAGCGCAAUCGUUGACAUCAAAAAGUACUUCAAAACUUGUUGAUUAAACCGUUUACACUUUAGCAAGCAAUACUUAUCUGUGCGGUUAUUCUUUGGGUUUUUUGUCUUUGCGCGCCUAAGUUUGUACUUUAAGUUUCUCAGAUUUUCUUAAUUUGCUCAAAUAUGGCAAAAUGCGGUAUUAUACUUGGUAUAGUAGUUCUGGCUUCCGUCACUGCCAUUCUGGACGCUGGCGCUGCGGGUACGAUGGAGUGCUACAUUUGCUCUGCCGACCAGCCGCAAUGCCUGAAACCAGGGGCCGACAUGAAACAAACAUGUAGCGCGGAUAACGAAACAUUUUGUUGGAAAUCUGUUACGAAAGUUGGCAGCGGUCAAGCAGCAUCUCGGGGUUGCGGGAAAUAUCGUGGUAUAGCAAACGUUUCGGUUGGCGAUGAUGAGUGCAAGGAAACAGAAGUAACAGGAGCAAAAGUCACUGUAUGCAAUUGCAAUAAAAGCGGAUGCAACGGGGAAGAGAUAUUCGAUCUUAAGUAAUCGCCAGUUUUUCGUGUAGUUUCUGCUGUAAUUUCUUUGCGUUACCGAAGUAAUUUGCUACUGCGCUGAAAAGUGUUCAUAUACGCCGAUAAGAAUUAUGGGACACAAAUAUAAAUAUGCAAACCCAGAUAAGCACUUUUGUUCACGUCACAACGACCUCCCCUUUACGGCAGUUGGUCCAUUUUGCGUGACGCAAAUAUGCAGAACUUGCAUAUCCCGCCCAGAAUAAGCAAAAUAAAGAAACUACUCCAGAGUAGUUUUUUUGAGAUGGCAACUCAAAUAAGCAGCUUAUUUGAACGUACAUCGUACAGAAAUGUGUUAAGAUCAGGAGGCUUAUCAGCAGGUUCCUCACGUUUUCCGUGAUGUUCCUUUCGCAUACUAGUGCUGUUAUGUUUGAAAUAGUUUUGUUUAGCACCUAACCAUAAGUACGGUAGUCUGUAACUCCGUCUUGUUUCUGAACUAAUCAUGUUCUGCUCUUCGUCUCCGAGCCAUCAGUACCUGAACCUGUGCCUGUUCCUACCCUGUUCCUACGGUGAUCACAGUUCGGUCUGAAGAAAAUACAUAAACUGGUCGAAACAUAAAGACCAAGUUUUAGUUAAAUGGCGGCAGAGCAGCUGAUUUUGGUAGAUGGAAGUCAUUUAAAUUUGGUAAACAUCACGAGGCAGGGAUUGGUUCUAAAAGCGACGGAGAGAAACCCACUGCCGU